AUGGGGAACUGCGGGACAAAGCCGAAGACCAGCGACGGAGACGACGCACCACCUCCGCCCAUCGAGCCGCAGCCAGCGGCGGGGGCGGCCGCGGAGGGGGAGCGCAAAGACGAGGAGGUCGCGGCGCCGGAACCGGAAGGGACGAGCCAGGCCGUUGUGGCGCCACAAAGUGAGGUGCGCAAAAAUGAUCUCAACUCCCGCACGGCUUUAUCGAUAACUCAAACAAUGGCCCUGUUCGCCAUCCCAAUUGAAAUACAGUAUGUCGGAUUGCUUUUGUAUGACAUGGCCAACUUCCGUGAAAGUCACGAAGCUACGACCACGACAGUCGAAGAAAAAGAGCAUGAUGAAGCUGAACCAAAGGAAAAGGAGGAGGAGGUUGCCAAGGAAGACGCUGAUCACGGCAAGGAGACGGAAACUCCGACGUCGGAGGAGGCCGCUGAGCUUCCGGCGUCAACUCCGGCCAGCGUCGCCUGA